AUGGAGCAAAAUGGGUUUUGUAUCGGUCCUGGUUCAGUCAUGGGCACGAAUGGGUUUAAAUGGGUCGGAAGUGAUCCGAUGGAUGAUUGUUCUGUUUUGUGGCUGGAGAGUUGGAGACUCACGAGCUUUUCCCGUGUAGUACUGGCGUGUCUUGUAGUAUUUCUACUGUCUGUGCUGUAUCAGUACUUGACAACAGCUGCUGGUUGUCAAUUACAGCAGUCAAAAGUGUUUGCAAAGCGUCGACUGGCAAGGACAAGGACACGAGAGACUAUUAGCAGCAAUGGCUUACCUUUUUACGACCCGGAGCUGAGUGACAGAGGCCGAAAACCUCAAAAUGAAGAGUCGGUGGUGCAUCCAGAACGACCGGAAGUGCUGGACACAAAGACGACGACGCGUGUUACAAUGGAGCGAGUGUACCCGAUAUCUGUAAAGGUUGACAAGUGGACGCAUCUGGUUGAUGCCAUGAUGCGUGGUGUGCGGAUUCUGCUGGCUUAUCUGCUUAUGCUGGUGGUCAUGACGUACGACCUGACGCUGAUUACGAUUAUUGUAGUCGGCUCCAUGACCGGCUUUUUUGUCUUUGGUAAGGACACGGCCAAGGUGCCCGUGUCGGCUGAUCCGUGCUGCUCGUAG